CCAAAUAAAUAAAAAAAUUCCAACCUUUAUGGUUUCUCCUCUGUUUUCUGUUCAUACUUCUCUGUUUCCUCUUCAUUUUCACUUCAAACCUUUCUCCUUCUUCUUCCUCCUCCUCCAAUGAAGAAACCACAAAUUUCCAUUUUUAAACCCCUAAAUUAUCUCUUAAUUAAUCUCAAUUUAUGAUGAUCAUAAAAAACCCACAUAUUUCUGCCAUUUUUUUCUCUCUCUUCCUCUAUCUUCCCACCACCCUCCAUGGCCUCGGCUCCGGCUCAACUCUUUCAAUCUCCUCCGAAACUAACACCGUUUGCGGCAUCGUUUCUGGCGAGGUAAACCGUCGUAUAGAGUGUUUCAAAGACGGUCAGUUAAUUUUUAUUCAACCCAAUAUUUCUUACGACGCCAUUGCUGGUGGUGGGAACUUUUUCUGUGGGCUUAGAUCAGGUGGAAGAAGCUUACUUUGCUGGGAUACAACCACAAAUUCAUCCACAUUUACCCCAAAAAGGAUUUACUACAGCAACUCAUCCUCAUUAACAGAUAUUUCAGUUGGGGAUAAUCAGGUUUGUGGGGUAAUUAAUGGUACAAAUGAGGUACAAUGCUGGAGAGGAGUGAUGGGUUCAGAUCAAAACCCAUCUGGGUUUGAUGCUUUUGGGUCAAUUUCAUCUGGGUCUGGGUUUUCUUGUGGGAUUUUGAUGAAUAAUAGUAGGGUUAGAUGUUGGGGUAGUAAUGAAACCCUAGCUUCUGAAAUUCAAAAUCAAUUUGUGGGUUUUUCUAUGGUUAAUUUAACAGCUGGUGGGCAACAUGUUUGCGGGUUUAAUUCAUCUGGGUUUUUGGUUUGUGUCGGUAGGAAUUUAUCUGGGCAAUUGGAUUUUCCUUUUCAUUUGAAUGAAUCAUCUGGGUUUACAAAUCUGGCACUUGGAUCUGAUUACAGUUGUGCAAUUAGAAAAUUGAAUGGUUCUGUUGUUUGUUGGGGUGGAAAUGGUUCGUAUUCAAGUAAUUCCAUUCAAGGGGUUGAUUUUGAGUUUUUGGUUGGUGGGUUAAAUUUUAUUUGUGGGUUAGUUACUAGGAAUUCUUCAAUUAUGUGUUGGGGACCUGGAUGGUUGAGUAAUAAUGCAUCUUUGGGGAUUGAACUUCCUUUACCAAAGAUUCUUCCUGGACCUUGUGUUCAAUCUGAUAACUGUCAAUGUGGUGUGUAUCCUGAAUCUGCAUCUCUUUGUUAUGGUUCUGGUAAUAUUUGCAACUCUUGUAGUGCUCCACCAUUAGUACCGUCUAUUGAAGUACCUCUGCCACCUCCGGUUUUGCCACCCUCAACAUCGAGGGGAUUAAGGAGAGGUCUUUUGGUGUUUGCCAUUGUAGGGUCAGUUGGUGGGUUAGCUGGGAUUUGUGCUAUAGUUUAUUGCUUGUAUGCUGGUGUUUGUUUUGGUAGAAAGAAGAUUCAUAAUUCAGUUCAACCAACGAUCACUCGAGGGGGUUCGAGUAAUGCUCAUACCUCUAGCAAUAGUCCCCCUUCGAGGUCCUUGACUCUUAGACGUCAAGGGUCUUUAGCAUUUAGACGGCAAAGGAGUGGAACAUCUGGUGCUAAACACGCGGAUAGAGCAGAGGAGUUUGCCUUCCAAGUACUAGCUAAUGCUACUGACAACUUCUCAUUGGACAAUAAGAUUGGUGCUGGUAGUUUUGGUGUGGUGUAUAGGGGUAAAUUAGUAGAUGGUAGGGAAGUAGCAAUCAAGAGAGGUGAAACAGGUCCUAAAACAAAGAAACACCAAGAAAAGGAGUGUGCAUUUGAAUCAGAAUUAGCAUUCUUGUCAAGGGUACACCAUAAGCAUUUGGUUAGGCUUGUUGGGUAUUGUGAAGAGAGGGAUGAAAGACUCUUGGUUUAUGAAUUCAUGAAGAAUGGAGCACUUUAUGAUCAUUUACAUGGUAAAAAGAAUGUUGAGAAAAGAAACAGUGUAAUCAAUGCUUGGAAAAUCAGGAUUAAGAUCGCGUUAGAUGCUGCACGUGGUAUAGAGUACCUACACAAUUAUGCAGUCCCGUCUAUAAUCCAUCGCGAUAUCAAGUCUUCAAACAUCCUUUUAGAUGCUGAUUGGAUUGCAAGAGUGUCUGAUUUUGGAUUGUCUUUAUUAGGUCCUGAAUCUAAUCAAGAUUUCAGACCAACAAAAGCAGCAGGGACAGUUGGGUAUAUUGAUCCAGAGUACUAUGGGUUGAAUGUGUUAACUGCAAAGAGUGAUGUUUAUGGUCUUGGUGUUGUACUGCUUGAGCUAUUAACAGGAAAGAAAGCAAUAUUCAAGAAUGACAGUAGUAACAAUGAUGGAGAUCCGAUUAGUCUGGUGGAUUUUGCAGUACCAGCAAUUUUGGCAGGGGAACUGGUGAAAGUGUUGGAUCAGAGAGUAGGAUUGCCUGAUGUUAAUGAAUCAGACGCGGUUGAGCUUGUUGCUUAUACUGCGUUACAUUGUGUCAACUUAGAGGGUAAAGACAGACCUACAAUGACUGAUAUUGUAUCUAAUUUGGAGCGCGCUUUAACCCAGUGUGAUGAUAGUCAUGGUACUAUGUCUAGUGCCGGAAUAUUAUCUAUUGCAUCAGAUUGAAAAUCAAGCAAAAUUGAUUGGGAUUUUUGGCAUUCUUUUCUUUUAGCUUUCCUACAUUUUGUAUUGAUCAUUUUUUACAUGACUAAUACAUGUUUACGGAAUGUAUAUAAUUCAUUAUCAGGCA